AUGGCCUCAUCCCCGCAUGAGCACGUCGCUCAACCUUCGAUGGAGGCUUCCACAAAACAACAGAUUCCGAUGGUGGUCAGAGGGGCUAUGAAUGCGUCCGUCACGGGAGGGACUGGCGGCGAUGGGGUGGACGUUGGUAGUUCGAUGCAUUCGGACGACCGUAUUUCUCCACAUGAGUACAUUCCCACUCUGAUCUCCUCCGGGAAAAGCGACGAACAUGAUCUCCAAUACAAGGCACCUCAGAAACACCUCGGUGAGCAUCGAAGUAUCCGAGAAGACAUGUGGAUACAACAGCGCAAACGCUACGACGACUCUCAACAGUUCCAAGCAGACUUUAAAGCGAGUCGAAUCAAUCAAACCAUAAAGAGUGACAGUAUCCUUGAACGUCAACAACCUCGAAGGGUGCGCUUCGUGUCGGAUCAGCCGCAGGUCGGCAAUAAAAGUGGCGUUGAAAGCGGUCAUUCGUCCAAUAUUACCAUUGCAUCGCAGGAAAUGGAAAUAUCGAGAGGAACAAGCGAUCUGGCAUUCGGAAACGUUUCAAUGUUUACGAAAAUUGAGACGACAGUCCAAAGGGUCUUCCGAUAUACCACCGGCCGCGACGUUACUUUGUAUAUGAACUGGAGGUUUUUCGGAUUCCUCCGCGAGCAGUUCGGCGAAGCAGACAUCAAGGUCGAUUCAGUUGUGACCCUCACUGGUUCGGUUCUGUUUGCGCAGGCAACAACUUGUGGCGAUUACAUCCGCACAACGUGGCCGCGCAAUGCCAGUUUUUUUAUUGGAUUACUCCAACGUUUCUGGGACUCGCGCAAAUCGGAUUGGGGAUCACCGUUCAUCACUGGGUGUUUUGUUGACGAGCAUCUGGAAAUCAUGUAUGAAUUGUGGAGGGGGGGCUCAGUGAUGAUCAAAGCCACUGGGGAUGAAGAAACGAUACGGGACCUCGUUCAGAUGCUUGCCUGGGCCGGAGCAGCAUUUGGGUCUUCUUCCGGCGGUGAGAAUGUCGACUAUUGUCGUCCGGAUGUUUUCGGCGGUUUCGACAUCGUAAUCACAUUUCGGAGAGAACUACUGCCCACAAACGUCGAGGUCUGUUGGGUACCACUCUUCUCGGGGGCAUCGAUCGCAUACGGCUUUCCUAUACCUCGACGACGGGAUGAGAUUGGACUCGAGAUACCUCUGCAAAUCCUCACCGCGCUGUUGGGCGCCGUUCGCGCCGUCGAAUUUGAGGGCGGCGUUGUUAUCAAGGGUUUUUCCAGCAUGAUUGUGCCUACUGAGAAGAGGGGUGAUAUUGUCCAGUGGCACCUUCUAGCUAACACAAACUGUGAGGAGCGUCUCUCGUAUCGUGAGGGUCUCCUGCGCUGCCCGAAGCGAGCUUUGAUGGACGAAGUCGACCUCGAAUGUCUUCAGAAGACGCGUGCGGUGCUUGGUUGGUGCUCUGCCACACGCUGUUCGCUUGGUGGUCAUGAUGCCAACUACAGCUCCAUCGUCUACUCAGGUGCAGAAGAAGCCGGUGGGUCGAUCAAUUUUACAGGAGGAAGCUUGGGCUUUCAGCAAUUUGGCGUGGCACAAAUCGACUUCAGACUGGGGCCAAAGGACGGAAAAUGCCACUUCCAUCGCACUGGCCCUUACCGGAGCAUAGUGAGUGCGGCAGAAAAGACCCGAGUUGUCCUCUACGACACAUCAGAUCAACGAGGAUGGCUCGUACCUGCGUCAGAAGUCAUCCUACACAUGUGUCAACACCGUCACCGGCUCGAGCCGUUUGUGGUCGCCGGUUCAUCAGUCCUCUUGCCUUCUCCCGAGAUCACAGGACAGUCUGUUAAAGAGGCUAAAGAGGUACUCUUGGAAAAUGAGUCGCUUACUCUGACCGAAUCGUCGAACGAGAAAUACACCUUGAGAGACCUCGUUUUGAACUACUGGUCACUCCUCGAGUUCCUGCUUGACCAGAACGUGAGAAGGGAUCAAGCCCACAGAUUGAGCAUGCACUUGCCCCUACAAGAAGUCCUGCAAGGCUAUGAAUACAGGUCUGUGGUUGAGGAACGCUCUCCUUUUCGGACAAAGCGGACAACACUAAGAAGGACGUGUGGUGGCUGGCCAGCCCUAGUACGAGACGUUGACGCCCUGGUUCUUUUUGCCAGCGGGUUCGAGGACAUAUUGCGUCCUCUGGAAAACGACCAGCUUCAAGACAUAUGCGUCAAGUGGCGUUCUAUGCCCCGAGAGAUGAGCUAUCUUGCUACCACUGUCAAAGUCCUGAGAGACCUUUACGAAGUUGCUGGCAGUCGCUCAACCAGGGAAUACCUCACUUCGACUCGCCUGCGAUGGCUACAAGGUGACUCGAGUCUAUUCGAGCCUUGUACCUCUCCGGGAGCCUCUCAUUGUGACUGCGCACGCCUACAGACGAUUGUAUCAACAUCGGCCUUCAAUAAGAGACCAAUGCCUUCAGGGCCAGCCAUUGAUGGGUUUGAAGGCGGCGCGGUAAUUUUUGGUCGGCCCAGCUCUGCUUCUACAAAACUAAAGCUGAGGUUGGAUGCGCUUGAAACGGGUGGGAUGAACAGCCAGCUAACUGCGAUCUUUGCGCUCUUGGGGACAACCCGUCCGUCUCGAGAUCUUGAGCAUCGGUGUCAAGGAGAGCCUCUCCCUACUUUAGAGCCUUAG